AGGGGCCAGCAAACAUGGCGGCGCACAGAGGCGCUCCCGUGAAGUGCAGAGCCUGAUUCCUGUGACUGGAGAGGGGAAGGGCCGGAGGGAGCAGCAUGGAGACCGAGGAGGAGCAGCACAUGACUACCCUUCUAUGCAUGGGCUUCUCGGACCCGGGGGCCAUCCGCAAGGCCCUGCGCCUGGCCAAGAACGACAUCAACGAGGCGGUAGCUCUGCUGACCAACGAGAGGCCCGGACUGGACUAUGGCUAUGAGCCCAUGGACAGAGGAGGGGGAGACGGUGGGAACCGGAAUACCGGAGGAGGAGGGGGCUUCGAUCCACCCCCAGCCUACCAUGAGGUGGUAGAGCCCGAGAAGAACGAUGAGAACGGUAACUGCUCCAGAGAAAACAUUGAAUUUCCCACCACUAAUCUAUAUGAAUUGGAAAGCCGUGUGCUCACAGAUCACUGGUCCAUUCCCUACAAACGGGAAGAGUCUCUGGGAAAGUGCCUCAUUGCUUCCACGUACCUGGCAAAAAAUGGCCUGUCGGACUCCGAUGAAAACUGCAGAAGGUUUAUGGACAGAUGUAUGCCAGAAGCGUUCAAAAAGCUGCUGACGUCCAGUGCUGUCCACAAAUGGGGCACCGAGAUCCACGAGGGAAUCUACAACAUGCUGAUGCUGCUGGUGGAUUUAGUCGCUGAGCGAAUCAAACAGGAACCAAUCCCCAUUGGGCUUCUGGGUGUACUUACCAUGGCAUUUAACCCAGACAACGAAUACCACUUUAAGAACAGGAUGAAAAUGUGCCAGAAGAACUGGGCGGAGGUGUUUGGCGAAGGGAGCUCCUACGCUGUAUCUCCGGCGAGCACCUUGCAGAAGGAGCCCCAUGGCUGGCUUGUUGAUCUCGUGAAUAGGUUUGGAGAGUUGGGAGGGUUUGCAGCCAUUCAGUCGAAGCUGAGUUCCGACGAUAUUGAGCUUGGAGCAGUUUCAGCGUUAGUACAGCCGCUGGGGGUGUGUGCAGAAUACCUUAACUCUUCAGCUGUACAGCCGAUGCUGGAUCGUGUCAUUCAUAACCGGAUAAAGUAUGUACAGAAUGUGGAGGAAAAAGACUUAAAAGACAAGAGACUGGUUAGUAUCCCGGAGCUGCUCUCUGCCAUUAAACUGCUCUGUAUGCGCUUUCAACCGGACCUUGUGACCGCUGUGGACGACCUUCGGCUGGACAUCCUGUUGCGCAUGCUGAAAUCCCCACAUUUUAGUGCAAAAAUGAACUCGCUUAAAGAAGUAACCAAAUUAAUAGAAGACAGCACUUUAUCAAAGUCGGUGAAGAACGCCAUAGAUACAGACCGACUGCUGGAUUGGCUGGUGGAAAAUUCAGUGCUUUCGAUAGCUUUGGAAGGCAACAUAGACCAGGCUCAAUACUGUGACCGAAUAAAGGGAAUCAUUGAAUUGCUAGGCAGUAAAUUAUCUUUGGACGAGCUUUCAAAGAUAUGGAAAAUACAGGCUGGACAGUCAUCCACGGUGAUUGAAAAUAUCCAAACGAUUAUCGCUGCCGCCGCUGUGAAGUUCAACCCCGAACAGCUAAAUCAUCUUUUCGUAUUAAUUCAAAAGAGCUGGGAAACCGAAACAGACCGAGUCAGGCAGAAGUUGUUGAGUCUCAUUGGCCGCAUCGGUCGGGAGUCUCGAAACGAGACAACCACGGGAAAAGUUUUAGAGGUACUCUGGGAUCUUGCCCACCUGCCCACCCUACCGUCUGUUUUGAUCCAGCAAGCCUUAGAGGAACACUUAACAAUCCUGAGCGAUGCCUACGCAGUGAAAGAAACCGUGAAGAGAAGUUAUAUUAUAAAAUGCAUAGAGGAUAUUAAAAAGUCAUCUCAACACAACAACCCACAAGUCGUGUGGGUGGUACCAGCCUUACGCCAACUUCAUGAAAUCACCCGCUCCUUCAACAAGCAGACCUACCAAAAGCAAGACAAGACCAUAAUCCAGGAUCUGAAGAAGAACUUUGAAAUUGUCAAACUGGUGACAGCGAGUCUGGUGGCUUGCCGCCGCUUGGCAGUAACCGUCGUCGGUCCCGGCGGGCUGGUGGGAACUUCUUUGGUCGAUGGCAGAUACACUUACCGGGAGUAUUUGGAGGCGCAUCUAAAGUUCCUGGCGUUUUUUCUGCAAGAAGCCACCUUGUAUCUCAGCUGGAGUCGGGCUAAGGAGAUUUGGGAGUGUCUGGUGACCGGCCACGAUGUGUGCGAGCUUGACCGCGAAAUGUGUUUUGAGUGGUUUACAAAGGGCCAGCAUGAUCUGGAGAGCGAUGUCCAGCAGCAGCUUUUUAAAGAGAAGAUUCUGAAGCUGGAGUCUUACGAAAUUACAAUGAACGGCUUCAAUCUUUUUAAGACAUUCUUUGAGAAUGUUAAUCUGUGUGACCAUCGCCUGAAACGACAAGGCACGCAGCUGCACGUGGAGAAGCUGGAAUUGAUUGGGAUGGACUUUAUCUGGAAGAUUGCUGUGGAAUCUCCGGAUGAAGAAAUCGCCAAUGAAGCCAUACAGUUGAUAAUUAAUUAUAGCUACAUCAAUCUUAAUCCCAGACUGAAGAAGGAUUCUGUUUCUUUGCACAAGAAGUUCAUUGCUGACUGCUAUACGAGAUUAGAGGCGGCAAGUUCAGCUCUUGGGGGUCCCACGCUAACUCACGCAGUCACCAGAGCCACAAAAAUGCUUACGGCAACCGCCAUGCCAUCGGUAGCAACUUCUGUGCAGUCUCCGUACAGGUCUACCAAGCUAGUGAUAAUUGAAAGGCUCCUUUUGCUGGCUGAGCGCUAUGUGAUCACUAUAGAGGAUCUUUACUCUGUUCCUCGAACAAUCCUACCUCACGGUGCCUCUUUUCAUGGACAUCUAUUAACUCUGAACCUUACUUAUGAGUCUACCAAAGAUACUUUUACGGUUGAGGCCCACAGCAAUGAAACAGUUGGAAGCAUUCGCUGGAAGAUCGCAAGGCAUCUCAAUUGCCCCAUAGAAAAUAUACAGAUAUUUGCAAAUGAAAUUUUGUUGACUGUAAAUAAGGACCAGAAGCUGCUCCAUCAGCUGGGCUUUUCCGAUGAGCAGGCCCUGACCGUAAAGACUCUGGGAGGUGGAACUCCAUCAACCAGCUCUGUGGACACUUCGGCCGUUAGUAGCGGCGCCGGGUUCAGCUCUUCCUAUGCGAUGGAACAGGAAAAAUCCCUGCCCGGCGUGGUCAUGGCGUUGGUCUGUAAUGUGUUUGAUAUGCUCUACCAACUGGCCAACCUGGAAGAGCCAAGGAUAACUGUCAGAGUACGGAAGCUUCUCCUCUUGAUCCCGACAGAUCCAGCCGUACAAGAAGCUCUGGACCAGCUUGAUUCUCUUGGGAGGAAGAAGACGCUCCUGUCGGAAUCUCAGGAAAAAUCUUCAAAAUCUCCAUCUUUAUCCUCAAAACAACAGCAUCAUCAGCAAAGUGCCAGUUCUAUCCUGGAGAGCUUGUUCCGAUCGUCUGCCCCGGGCAUGUCCACCUUCAGGGUGCUCUAUAACUUGGAGGUUCUUAGUUCCAAACUGAUGCCAACGGCUGAUGACGAGAUGGCAAGAAACUGUGCCAAAUCAUUCUGUGAAAACUUCUUAAAAGCCGGUGGUCUCAGUUUGGUGGUUAAUGUUAUGCAGAGGGACUCUAUUCCAUCGGAAGUCGAUUAUGAAACAAGACAAGGAGUCUACUCGAUUUGUCUGCAACUUGCAAGGUUCUUAUUGGUCGGCCAAACUAUGUCAUCAACAUUUGAUGAAGAUCUGACCAAAGAUGGAAUUGAAGGGUUGUCCUCGAGGCCGUUCCGGAACGCUGGCCGCCAGUCCAGUCGCCAAAUGUCUCUGUGCGGAACCCCGGAGAAGUCCUCUUACCGGCAGCUGUCUGUGUCUGACAGGUCAUCCAUCAGGGUGGAGGAGAUUAUCCCUGCUGCACGGGUUGCUAUUCAGAUGAUGGAAGUUAAUGAUUUCACCUGCACGGUGGCGUGUUUCAUGCGGCUUUCCUGGGCGGCCGCCGCGGGAAGACUGGACCUUGUUGGCAGCAACCAGCCCAUUAAAGAGAGUAAUACGCUGUUCCCUGGGGGGCUUCGGGGCAGACUCAGCAGCUCAGGAAGUAACUGCAGUUCGGGAAGCGAAGGGGAAUCCACCUCCCUCCACGCGUGGAUCUGCGUACGGCAGCAGUCGGUAUCUACCAAAGACGCCAUUAUCGCUGGGGAGGCCUUGUCCUUGUUGGUCACCUGCCUGCAGCUACGCAGCCAGCAGCUUGGAUCUUUUUAUAAUCUGCCUUCUGUUGCUGACUUCAUUAUCGAUAUACUCCUAGGAUCACUAAGUGCUGAGAUCCGCCGCGUUGCCUGUGACCAGCUGUACACGCUCAGUCAGACAGACACCUCCGCGUACCCCGAAGUGCAGAAGCCCAACCUUUUCCUUUUGAGCGUCGUUCUCUCUGCCCAACUACCUCUCUGGUCACCCACCAGUAUAAUGAGAGGCAUUAACCAGAGGUUGUUGGCACAGUGUACGGAAUAUUUUGAUUUGCGAUGCCAGCUUUUAGAUGAUUUGACCUCCUCUGAAAUGGAGCAGCUAAACAUCAGCCCCGCGGCCAUGCUGGAAGAUGAGAUUACGUGGCUGGAUAACUUUGAACCCAAUCGAACGGCGGAGUGCGAGACGAGCGAAGUAGACAAUGUGUGGUUGGCAGGACACCUCAGGCUUAUAAAGACGCUUCUCUCGCUUUGCGGCACUGAAAAGGAAAUACUCGGUCCCUCGCUGAUUAAACAGCUUCUGGAUGAUUUUCUAUUCCGGGCUUCGAGAAUAAUCCUGAACAGCAAGUCGUCUGCUGCGGUCGCCCCAAUAAGCCAGCAAGACUUCCACCCAAAGUGCAGUACAAUGAACAGCCGGCUCGCAGCCUAUGAAGUUCUUGUGAUGCUGGCAGACAGCUCUGUCGCUAACCUCCAACUCAUCACUAAGGAACUUCUUUCUAUGCACCAUCAGCUGGACCCGGCACUUACCAAGGAGUUUGAUUAUCUUCCUCCGGUGGACAGCCGAUCCAAUUCAGGCUUCGUUGGCUUAAAAAAUGGAGGGGCCACUUGUUACAUGAAUGCAGUCUUCCAGCAGUUAUAUAUGCAGCCCGGUCUUCCUGAGGCUCUCCUGUCCAUGGAAGAUGAAACCGAUAACCCAGACGACAGUGUCUUUUAUCAGGUGCAAUCUCUCUUUGGCCAUUUGAUGGAAAGCAAACUGCAGUACUACGUGCCGGAGAACUUCUGGAAGAUCUUUAAGAUGUGGAACAAAGAGCUUUAUGUUCGGGAGCAGCAAGACGCGUAUGAAUUCUUCACUAGCCUCAUAGACCAGAUGGAUGAAUAUCUCAAGAAAAUAGGACGAGACCAAAUAUUUAAGAACACCUUUCAAGGCAUCUAUUCAGACCAGAAGAUCUGUAAAGACUGCCCUCACAGGUAUGAGCGGGAGGAAGCCUUCAUGGCCUUAAAUUUAGGAGUCACAUCUUGCCAGAGCCUGGAAAUCUCGCUCGAUCAGUUUGUGAGAGGCGAGGUUCUGGAAGGCAGCAAUGCGUAUUACUGCGAGAAAUGCAAAGAAAAGAGAACCACGGUGAAGAGGACCUGCAUUAAAUCCCUGCCAAGCGUCCUUGUGAUUCAUUUGAUGAGAUUUGGUUUUGACUGGGAAAGCGGCCGUUCUAUAAAAUACGAUGAGCAGAUUAAGUUUCCAUGGCUGCUAAACAUGGAGCCGUAUACGGUAUCCGGGAUGGCUCGGCAAGAUUCCAACUCGGAGGUUGGUGAGAAUGGGAGGCAAACGGAUCCACCUGGCGGCUCCCCACGGAAGAAGGUCGCUCCGACCGAAAACUACGAACUGGUUGGCGUUAUAGUCCACAGUGGCCAGGCGCACGCCGGGCACUACUACUCCUUCAUUAAAGACCGCAGGGGCUGCAGUAAAAGCAAGUGGUACAAGUUCAAUGACACGGUGGUGGAAGAGUUCGAUCUGAAUGAUGAAACCAUGGAGUAUGAAUGUUUCGGCGGGGAGUACAGGCCAAAAGUCUACGAUCAAUCCAAUCCCUACCCUGACGUGCGCCGGCGCUAUUGGAACGCCUACAUGCUUUUCUAUCAGAGAGUCUCCGAUCAGAACUCUCCAGUCUUGCCAAAGAAAAGCCGCGUUAGUGUUGUGCGCCAGGAGGCGGAAGAUCUCUCGCUGUCCGCUCCGUCAUCGCCAGACAUUUCACCCCAGUCCUCCCCUCGCCCUCACAGGACUAACGACCGCCUUUCCAUCUUGACCAAGCUGGUCAGGAAAGGAGAGAAGAAAGGCUUGUUUGUAGAGAAGAUGCCACUGAGAAUAUACCAGACGGUGAGAGACGAGAACCUGAAGUUCAUGAAGAACAGAGAUGUUUACAACAGCGAUUAUUUCAGUUUCGUGCUCUCCCUGGCAUCGGUGAAUGCUACCAAACUCAAGCACUCUAUGUACCCAUCCAUGGCGGAAGUCAGUGCGCAGCUAGCCAUCCAAUUUCUGUUUCACACCUAUUUCAGAACAAAGAAAAAACUCAGGGUUGACACUGAAGAAUGGAUAGCCACAAUAGACGCCUUGGUCUCCAAGAGCUGUGAAGCCUGUCAGUGGCUCAUUGAAUACUUUGUUAGCACAGAGGGCCGGGAACUUAUCCGAAUCUUCUUGCUGGAGUGUAGCGUGCGAGAGGUCCGGGCAGCCGCGGCCACCAUCCUGGAGAAGACUUUAGACGGCGCCUUGCUUCACAGGGAUAAGGUUAAAGGCAAUCAUUUGCUGAUUGAAAUGCUGCUCAGUCUGCUGGAUAAAGAUGUACCGGAAAGCUGUAAAAAUUGCGCCCAGUACUUUUUCCUGUUCAACAACUUUGUGCAAAAGCAAGGGGUGCGUGCCGUUGAGCUGCUCCUACGCUACUCUGCACUGAAGCAUUUCGUCAAUUUCUUACUUGGUCCAAAUCGACAGAACAACCAGAAUCGCAGGUGGAGCUCUCCGCAAGCCCGCGAGUUUGGUUUCUUGCACAACACCAUAGCGCUGCUAGUUCUGUACUCAGAUGUCUCUCCGCAUAGGACAGCCGCCCCUGGCUCAUUUAAGCCGCAUACUCACAUUAAUAUGACCUGUCCUCCUCUGGCUCUCCACACGGAAGUAGAGGCCUUGAUGUUUAUGCCAGAGGGAAAGCCUUAUUUGCUGGAGGUGAUGUUUGCCAUGCGGGAGCUCCCUGGGUCCCUCUCUGUUCUCAUCGAGAUGCUCGUGUACUGCUGUUUCUGCAACGAACCCUUCUCUCUCACUGUGCUUCAUUUCAUUAAGAAUCAGCUGGAAACCGCACCGCAGCACGAGCUAAAGAACUUGUUUACUCUGCUCCAUGAGAUUUUGGUUAUUGAAGACCCUCUACAGUUAAAGAGACUGAAGUUUGCUUUUGAAGCAAAUGGAUUAUUAGCUCUGAUGCAUCACAGCAACCACGUGGACAGCAGCCGCUGCUAUCAAUGUGUGAAGUUCCUUGUUACCCUUGCCCAAAAGUGCCCUGCUGCUAAGGAGUAUUUUAAAGAGAAUUCCCAACACUGGAGCUGGGCCGUUCAGUGGCUGCAGAAAAAGAUGUCCGAACACUGUUGGGCGCCACAAAGCAAUGUGUCAAACGAGACCUCAACUGCUAAAACCUUCCAACGCACAAUUUCUGCACAGGAUACAUUGGCCUAUGCCACCGCCUUGCUAAAUGAGAAAGAUCAGUCUGGGAGCAGCAAUGGAUCUGAGAGCAGCCCAGCCAAUGAGAACGGGGACAGGAGCAUGCAGCAGGGUCCCGAUUCUCCCAUGGUAAUUUGUGAGUCAAAAAGUGACCUUGAUGACGUGGAUCCUUAAAAACAUUCUCCGCACUCAAAAGACGGAGGGUCCCGAUGCGCUGUCCAUUGAACGCACUUUGAGAACCACAAGAAGUUUCUCCUUCGCUAGAGAACACAGCUCGGUUCUCUUUUUUUGCAGGACAUCAGCUAGAGGACUUUGUUUUCUUCUGAGCCAUCUACCCGAACCUGCGGCCGAUGCCGUGCCCCGGAACUGCCCGGUCAAGGAGAACGAUUUUGCCACGUUUCGGCAUUUAAACCAUGGACGAAAAAAAGUAUUUUGUCAAGAUUUUAUUUGAAAACAAACUGGCAAACUUUUUUUUUUUUUUUUUAAAGUGAACAUUAAAAUGAGUGAAUGUAAAAGUGUUGCUUUUUUUCUGUAAUGCUGCAAAGAGAUUUCUUUUGGUUUUAUACAAAAUCUGUCAAAUCACGACUGCAUUUAGGUGCAUAGGGCAACUUUUUAACCUUUCGAUAUUACUUAGGAAUCUUCAAAAUGAUGUAAAUGUGUAAGAGACUUAAGUUUGCCUUGUACAAAUUUAGUAUAAAAUGGAAUUUAUAAAAGAAAGACCUUUGUAUUUAAUAUGUCUCCCAUAAUUUGUAUAGCUUUUCAGAAAUAUAAAGAAAAAUGAGAACCUUA